AUGGCUCCGAAGAAGAAAACUCCGAAUAAACAAAGCAACAACGAAGUUGCUUCUUCAAUACCUAAUUCAUCCCACAAGAAACCAUCUAAACCCCCAAAGCUUCUGAUUUCGCCGGAAAACGAAGACCGUUUACGGCGACUCUUACUCAACUUUCGCCGGAGCGUUUCUCCGGUCACGGCGUCGCUCUCUGUGAGUCAGAAGAGAAAGAAACUCAAUAGUCUCUACGAGUCUCUCUCUUGUGAAGGGUUUUUAGAUGAUCAGAUUGAACUCGCUCUCUCCUCUCUUAGGGAUGGAGCGACGCUUGAGACAGCUCUUGAUUGGCUCUGUUUAAACUUGCAGAGUCACGAGUUACCAGUGAAUUUUUCUAACGGAGCUUCUCGAGUUCCUAAUACAGGACGUUCUGUGGCGGUGGUAUCGAAAUCAAAGAAAGAUUGGAAUGUGUCUGUUGAAUCAUCUGAAUCAUCAUCAGUCCUGGUGAAGAAGGAGGAGGAGCAUGAACAUGAAGUUUUAGUUCGAGUUAAGAGCAAGCGAGAUGACGAUGAUACUCUUAGUUCUUGCAAAUCAUCUCAAGCUGAUUGGAUCCGUCAGUACAUGAAAAGACUAGAAGAGGAAGAAUCGGACGAUGAGGAAGAUAACAUUGGCUCCAGCAAGGAGGAAUCUGGUCCAAGGCCUUUCGAAGUGAUUGCCGAAGAAUAUUGUUUAGAAAGAUGUAAUGCUAUAGAAGCAAAGAGGAAGGGUGAUAAAAGUGGGCAGAUGCAAGCAGGCCUAGCCAUUUGCAAGCUCAAGAAAGAGAUGAAAGCUCUUGGGCCAUCAGAAGCAAUAUUGGAAUCUGAGUUUCAGCGUGUUCAAGCUUUUGGAGACACUAAGGAGAAAGAAGUAACCUCCUCCACGCGUGAUGAUGUUGAUGAGUCAGUAGAUGCUGAGACGUUCUUUUUUCAGCUGUUUGAUGAGUUGACAUUGGAUGCAAUUCCUGUUAGGAGCUGUAUAUCUAAGGAAAUUCACCAAGAAUCAGUUUUGGUGAAUGAUAUUUUAGAUGACAUGGACCUUGACGAUUUCUUCUCAGAAGAUGUUCCGCCUUAUGUACCUUCUCCCCAUGAACUCCUGGAAUUACAGAAGAAGGAAAUUAGGAGAGAACUAUGCAAUGAGAAAAAUCUUGGGAAACUAAAUGGUAUCUGGAAAAAGGGUGACGCGCAAAAGAUCCCUAAGGCAUUGCUCCAUCAGCUGUGUCAAAGGUCAGGGUGGAUCGCGCCAAAGUUCAAUAAAGUAACUGUGGAAGGAAGCAAUCUCUCAUAUACCAUAAGUGUUAUGCGUAAAUCCAGUGGAGUGGGUAAAAGCAGACAAGCCGGGGGUCUGGUAACUAUUCAACUUCCUCAUCAAGUGGAGGGUUUCGAAUCAGUCGAGGAUGCACAAAACAGAGUUGCAGCAUUUGCUCUCCAUAAGCUCUUUCCCGAUUUGCCCGUUCACUUUGCAAUUACUGAGCCCUAUGCCUCUAUAGUUUUGAUAUGGAAACAAGAGGAAUCUUUGGGAAUACAAAGCAAAGAAGAAGAACGGAGAGUAAAGUUUGUUGAGAGAUUGCUUGAGGCAGACAAUUUCAGCUUGGCCACUUCUUCGAGUGGCAUACAUGGUGCACCUCCAGUGGUAGACUUCUGUGUCAAAGAGAAUGAUGACUUGGAUGUUGUCAAAUCUAACCAUAGAGCUAAAAGAAACUCCUCCAUGGAAGCUGAAUGUUCUUCUCUCAAAAGAAAACAAGAAAACAAGAAGAAGAUGCAGAAGUACAAGGGGAUGUUGAAAACUAGAGCUGCUCUUCCUAUAUCAGAAGUGAAGAAUGACAUACUGCAAAAACUGAAAGAAAAAGAUGUCUUGGUGGUAUGUGGAGAAACAGGCUCUGGAAAGACUACACAGGUUCCUCAAUUUAUAUUGGAUGAUAUGAUCGAUUCAGGGAAUGGUGGAUACUGUAACAUUAUAUGCACACAACCUCGGGUGUUAGCGGCUAUCUCUGUUGCUCAAAGAGUUGCUGAUGAACGCUGUGAACCCCCUCCAGGCUUCAAUGACUCCUUGGUUGGUUAUCAAGUUCGUCAUAAAAUUGCAAGGAGUGAGAAAACAAGGCUGAUGUUUUGUACAACUGGAAUUCUAUUGAGGAAACUUGUGGGGGAUAAAACCUUGAAAGAUGUUACACAUAUCAUAGUCGAUGAAGUGCAUGAGCGGUCUCAUCUGAGUGAUUUUCUUCUCAUUAUUUUGAAGAGCCUGAUUGAGAAGCAAUCCUGGGAUAAUACAUCACCCAAACUAAAAGUUAUCCUUAUGUCUGCUACUGUUGAUGCUAAUCAGUUCUCAAGAUAUUUUGGUCAAUGUCCUGUGAUUACUGCUCAAGGAAGAACACACCCGGUUACUACUUACUUUCUGGAGGACAUUUUUGAGAGGACUAAGUACCUUCUAGCAUCAGAUUCACCUGCUGCGCUAAGUGCUGAUACUUCCAUCUCAGAGAAGCUUGGUUCUCUAAAAGUCCAUAGGGGGAAAAAGAAUCUUAUGCUGGCUGGCUGGGGAGACAAUUAUUUGGUUUCAGAGGAUGGUCUUAACUUGUCUUAUGAUUCUAGUAAUUACGAAUCUUACAGUGACCAAACGCGAAAAAAUAUGAAAUGGUUAAAUGAAGAUGUUAUUGACUAUGACCUUCUUGAAGAGUUGAUAUGCCACAUUGAUGACACUUGUGAGGAAGGAGCCAUUCUUGUAUUUUUGCCUGGAACGUCAGAAAUUAACAUGCUACUCAAUAGGUUAGCUGCUUCCUAUCGUUUUCGUGGACCUUCUGGAGAUUGGCUUCUUCCUCUACAUUCUUAUAUUGCAUCUUCAGAACAGAAAAAGGUGUUUCUGCAUCCCCCUAAAGGCAUACGGAAGGUUAUCGUAGCUACUAAUAUUGCGGAGACCAGUUUAACAGUUGAAGAUGUGGUAUAUGUGAUUGAUAGUGGAAAACACAAGGAAAGACGCUAUAAUCCACAGAAGAAAUUGACAAGCAUGGUGGAAGAUUGGAUAUCUAAAGCAAAUGCAAGACAAAGAAUGGGAAGAGCUGGACGUGUCAAACCUGGACAUUGUUUUUCGUUAUACACUCGCCAUAGGUUUGAGAAGCUCAUGCGUCCUUAUCAGGUUCCUGAGAUCCUGCGGGUGCCUUUGGUAGAGCUGUGUUUACAAAUCAAAUUGCUUGGCUUGGGUCACAUUAAGCCUUUUCUGCACAAGGCUUUGGAACCUCCAAGUGAAGGUGCUAUAAACUCUGCAAUUUCAUCGUUGCACAAGGUCGGUGCUCUUGAUGGGGACGAAGAGUUGACACCACUUGGACAUCAUUUAGCAAAAAUUCCUGUUGAUAUAUUGAUUGGAAAGAUGCUAUUAUAUGGUGCCAUUUUUGGAUGCUUAUCACCUAUUCUCUCUAUUGCUGCUUUCUUGAGCUGCAAAUCGCCAUUUAUACAUCCCAAUGAUGAGAAGCAAAAUGUCAACGGGGUGAAACUUGCUCUUUUGUCUGAUAAGCUGGAUAGUUCGAGUAAUUUAAACAACAAUGACAGGCAAUCUGAUCACCUCCUUAUGAUGAUUGCAUACGAAAAAUGGGCGAAGGUACUGCAUGAGCAAGGAAUGCAAGCUGCAGAGAGGUUCUGUGAUUCAAAGUUCUUAAGCAGCUCAGUGAUGCAGUCAGUGAGCGACUUGAGAAAAGAGUUUGGCACUUUACUUGCCGACAUCGGGCUCAUCAGUGUUCCUAAAACAGGCGAGGGAAGAAGGAAGGAGAAUCUUGAUGUUUGGUUUUCUGACAAAACUCAACCUUUCAAUAUGUAUUCACAAGAACCUGAAGUUGUUAAGGCUAUAUUAUGCGCGGGACUAUGUCCGAAUAUCGCAGAGGGAUUAGUUAAUCGUUUAACAAGGCCAGCAAACGAAACACAGCGUUAUGCAGUAUGGCAUGAUGGCAAAAGAGAAGUCCAUAUCCAUCGAACCUCUAUAAACAAAAAAUGCAAAGCCUUUCAAUAUCCUUUCAUUGCGUUCCAUGAUAAGGCCGAAAGAAAGAAAUCGGUAUAUCUACAAGAUACAACUGUGGUUUCUCCAUUCUCCAUUCUACUUUUUGGCGGCUCUGUCAAUGUUCAUCAUCAGAGUGGAUCAGUCACUAUUGAUGGGUGGUUAAAGCUAACAGCACCAGCUCAAACCGCGGUUUUGUUCAAAGAGCUACGGUUAACACUCCAUUCCAUUCUCAAAAAUCUCAUUCGAAAACCUGAGAAAUCAGGUAUUGUCCACAACGAAGUCGUCAAAGCUAUGGUCCAUCUUCUUAUAGAAGAAGGUAAAGCGCAACACACAUGAACUAAAUAGGGAAACAAAGAUCGAAUUGUGUGUAAACAACACCAAAGUUUGCAAGUAGGAAUGCACAAUA